AUGUCCUCCUCACCCUUCACCAUCCGCGCCCCCCCAGCAACCGACAUCUGGCGCAAGCCCCCCUCCAAAGACAUCUUCAACGCACCAACAUCCACCCCCUCCCACCUAACCCCCUCCUCCCCCCUCCCCCUCUUCCUCUCCACAACCCUAACCUUCCGCCUCCCCUACAACCACCAAUACGACCAAUCCGGCCUCCUCCUCACCUUUUCCUCGCCUUCCUCCCCCUCCCUCAAAAAGUGGAUCAAAGCCGGCAUCGAAUACUACAACUCCUCCCCCCGCCUCUCGGUAGUCUCCUGCGACAACUGGGCCGACUGGUCCGUCUCCGCCCUCACCCCCGACCCCGACACCUCCACCCCCUGGACGACAAUCUCGAUCCAAAAAGAGGGAGACGAUAACGGGGUGUCCCUCUGGGUCUACCAAGUCCUCAGUGAUGGGACCAAGGUCCCCGUGAGGGAGAUUUGCUGGGUUUAUGGGCUCGCUGACGUGGAAAGCUGGACGGUGAAAGUCGAGGCUAUGGCGGCGAGACCGGCAAAGGGGGAAUUGGGGGAGUUGGUGGCUGAGGUGAAGGAGAUGGACGUUAAGUGGAAGGAGUAG